UUGGCUAUUCCUUGCCUAAAAAAUGUCUCUCUGAAAUACAUCUUCUUGAUAUCUGCCUUGGUUAAUUUUUAUUGCAACAUUCAAAACAACAAUACAUUAUGCAGCUGUGUCAUACUCAACCAAAAUGGCUUAUGUCAAUUUCACCAUUGAACAAUGAAAAAACAAAUGAUACAAGUUGUAACAGAAAGGGGAACAGGAAUAGGAAUGGGAAUGGGAAUGGGAACAGGAACAUCUGUUGAACAGAAACUGAAGAAGUGGAUAUUAUCUAAUAAUCUAUUACAACUGUUACAACAUAAAACAAAAUCAUAUCACAUAUACAGAUAUACAUAAUACAUGUACUUUCCAAAUUACAGAUAAGAUAGUGAGUAACUGUGUUCUUGUGUAUCUUAUUACCUGGAUGUCUAACUUUCCCCAACACAUUGCAAAUUAAAUGAUAGAAUCAUCAUAAGUUGAUUGUAUAUAUAUACAAUCAGUAUAUACAUGUAUAUUAUUAUGAUGUGCCUUGUCUAGAAUGGCCAGAAAUCUUCAGAAUUUCUCACUUGCCAAGUUUUCAAAGCAGCAAAUUGUUCUUGUUUCUUUGGUGAAGGCUAAUCAUUGGAAUGAAAACAAGAAAUUGUCCAACAUCAAUAUGAGCAGCCUGGCAAACAAGUUACAAGACUUGGAGUCAAGCUUCAUCAGAGGACAAGAUGACCAGGCGGCUAGCUUGGGGAAUGCGCUUAGAGAAGCCAUUGUUUGCAAGGACUGCUUCAUGGAGGUAGAAGUCCUGAAAAGUCUUGCAGACCUGCAUCUUCAGAAAGGCAAGCUCAGUAAAGAUUCAGCAGAGUUUGACAAGGCUGCUGCCCUGUAUGCUGCUGCCUUUCUGCGCUGCAGAAGCCCAGACAUGAGCCAAACACUUGAACAUCGCAUCGGCUACAUGGAACAACUUUGCAGAAAACUGCUGCAAGGGUACACUCCUCAUUAUCUAGAGUGUUUGUCUUCAGACUACUGGGGUACUGCUGACAGCAAUGUCUUAAGGGUGGCAGAAAUUUGUGACAGAUUGGACAGAAGUGUACAAAAAUCCAAGCGCUCCACUGAGAAGAUCUAUACAGAAAUGUUGGUGACUGCAAUUGGAAAGGGGGACGUGCUUUUGGAGCAUGAGGUUCUGAAGUCACUUGGGGACUUGUACCUUGACAAAGGGAAGAAGAGGAAAGCAUCAGAUGCAUCCCAAUUCUCCAAGGCAGCUGCAAUGUACAACAAGGCCCUGACAAGAUGUGACAAGCUCCAGCAAAAACAGACUCUGUUCCACCGUAUCAAUUACAUGGAGAAGAUCAAGGGGACAGUGCCAAAUCAACCAUCACAAGAUGAGCCAAGACCGGGAGAAAGCAGAUCGCACAUGUACAUAGCGGCUCUUCUAAAACAGAUGAACUUCUUUAAGGAGCCUGCCAUCUACAGCCCACAGAGUAAGGAACCUGAAACACAACAGGCUCGGGACCAUCGAAGGGCCAUGGCCAUGCAAGACUUAGUUGUGUUGGAGAAGGCGAAAGAAGAACUGGAUAGGCUCAAGCAGCAAGCUGAUGCAAGAACAGCUAAACUGAAUCUCUUGAAGAAAGAAACAAUAGAAUGCCAACUUCGUCCAGACAUAACAAAAAGUAACUAUGAAGUCAACUUUAAGGAUGGAGAAUUCUGCCUUGCCAGGGGAAAGCUGGAUUCAGCUGAGCGAUAUUUUGGAUAUGCACUCAGGUUUGUGCAUGUAAAAGAUUCUACCCCCCAGCAGUACCAGAGAGAGGUGGAGCCCCUAUGCAAGUUGGGGGAUGUCUACAAUAGGCGAGGUCAGCAGACAGGGGACGGGGGAGACUUUGUCAAAGCAGCGGCACUCUACAAUGCAGCAAUAGCCAGGUCAAAGGAUGAAGUUCACAAUGGUAACAUAAUGAUAGCUAUUAAAGACGUGGAGAAGUCAUUCCUUAAAUAUAGCUUAGACAUACACUGCAGUAUGAGCCAAGAUGACGUAGAAAAACACAAGAAACAGCUGAAGGAGAUGCGGAACCAGAUCAAGUUGCAGAUGGAAAACAUUGACCAGCAACUGGAUCCCUAUGUAUAUGAUGAGGAUGACCCAUGUGUCAGAGAGAUAGAGGCAAAACGAGCUCAGGCUGUCAGGCAGUUGUUUGAGAACAUUGCACAACAAAGGAAAGAUUUCAUCAGCUUGCUUGUAGAGGAGUGUAUUGGGUUAAUGGGUCCCCCUCCCUGUAAGUAUGCUGUGAUAGGUUUGGGUUCACAGGCCACAGGACUGGUAACUCCAUACUCUGACUUGGAAUUUGUCAUCUUGGUAGAGGAACAGAGUGAAGAAUACCUUGUGUACUUCCGCAACAUCACCCACUAUCUACACCUCAAGGUGGUCAACCUUGGAGAAACCAUUCUCCCAGCGCUGGGAAUAAAAAGUCUCAAUGACUUCUACUCCAAGAAACCACAAGACGACUGGUACUAUGACUCUGUUACACCACAUGGCUUUGCCUUUGAUGGCUCAAUGCCAAAGGCAAGCAAGACUCCACUAGGAAGGAAGGUAAGGACAAACGAAGAGCACGGCACUGAGCUCAUCUGCACCCCAGAGACAAUGGUGUCAAUACUAAAAAAUGAUGUCACAUUAUACCUGAAGAGAGGGUAUCAUCUUGCCACUAUCUUGAAGAACCCAUGCCUGAUAGCAGGGGACCAGGAGUUAAUUGACACAUACAUGACCAUCUCAGUACAGGAACUGCAAGCUGAUAGGAGUAAAAUGGCUCAGCAACUGGCACAGGAGACACUACAGGAAUUAAACAAUAAAAAGUACAAUAACAGAGAAACGGUAACAGCAAGACUGAUAGAUGUAAAGAAAGACCUCUACCGCUUCCCGCAUUUAGCAGUGGAUUGCAUGGCACUGUCUUUCUGCAUUACGCCCACUACAGUUUGGAAGACAAUAGAAGAAAUGGAACACCAAGGAGUUAUUAGUCCCAACAAUGCACAUCACUUGACAGUGCUUACCAGCAUCUCAGCAGAACUCCGGCUCAGAACAUACAUCACAAGUGGUGGACAGAAGGAAUACCUGUCUGCAUUGGCUUCAAUGGAAACAGCACUGCAUGGACUGGAAUCUUCACUUGAGACGAUAAAACCAAGUGCACUGAUUCCAGUUUUUCAUCUUCCAAAUGAAAAGCAGCUUUUCAGAUAUUACUAUACAGUAAUUCCCCUAAGAGAAGUUUUGUCAGAAUUGUGUCAACAGAAGCCAGUUAGUUCUGACUUUGAUUUAUAUGAUAGUUCCAAAAGAGUACAAGGUAUGAUGUGCUAUGAGCUGUGCAAAUACAGGCUGGCUAUCAGCUACUACAAUGAGGCACUGCAGAAAGCUAAUGUAAGUGACAGUGAGAAAAUGCUGUUGCUCGUCCAAAUUGGCGAUGUUUUGCACAAGAUUGGUGACUGCACAAAAGCAAUUGGUUACUAUGAACAAGCACUUCACAUGCAUAGAAAUAUCUAUGAUCAGGGUUCAGCCCAUGCUGAUAUGGCUACCUUACUCAAUAACCUGGGAUCAGCCUGCAACCAUCUGGGUAAGCACAAGAAAGCUAUCAGCUACCUUGAAGAAGCACUUAUGAUGUACAGGAGUAUCUACAGUCAGAGUGAGGCACAUUCUGACAUUGCCAGAGCAGACAAUAAUCUGGGAGAUGCCUGGUUUUACUUAGGUGAUUACAGGAAAGCAAUCAGCUUCUAUGAGCAGGCAUUACAGAUGAACAGGAUUCUCCAUGGUAAGACCACAGCACAUCCUGACACUGCUACCUCCCUCAGCAACUUGGGGUCAGCUUAUCACAAAGUACUGGGUUCUUUCAGCAGGGUAAUCCGCUGCCAUGAACAGGCACUGCAGAUGCGUAGGAGUAUCUACGGUCAGAGUACGGCACAUCCUGACGUUGGCAACUCACUGAACAAUCUGGGUAAUGCCUGGCACGACAUGCCAGGCCACAGCAUGCGGGCAAUCAGAUACCAUGAACAGGCACUGCAGAUAUACAGAAGUAUCUACAGUCAGAAAACGGCACAUCGCGACAUUGCAACCUCACUCCAUUAUCUAGGGCAAGCCUGGAGCCAUUCAGGUGAUCACAGGAAAGCUAUGAACUACCUUGAACAGGCACUACAGAUGUAUAGGAGUAUCUAUGGCCAGCACACAGUGCACUUUGAUAUUGCCAACUCACUGAACAGCCUGGGGUGGGUGUGGCACAACUUAGGUGAUCACAGGAGAGCAGUUAGAACAUGUAAAGAAGCCUUGGGUAUGGCAGGGAUUCUUACCCAUAUGGACAGAAGUCACCCUUUGAUAAAAAAGAUUGAAUUGAACCUUUCCACCAUCAGUUUAGAGUCUUUUUUAUUAGAAUAGACGUGAGUCAAUCAUGUGGACUGCCCUAUUGCAAUGCAAUCUGUUUGUAUGUCUUUUGUUUUGCAUGACCAGUAAACACAUUUGGGCAUAACACAUCAGUUUUAUCUAAUAUAUAUAUGGACUAUAAGGAUUGAUUGACUCACUCCAGGAUGGACCAUACUCUUUUCCAAAAGACAUACAUGUGGUACCAUUUGUGCUUAGAGGGGAUGUGUACAUUAUUUGAGUUUUUCCAAGUUACAUUUCAAAUGGGCAGAUUUAUCAAUCCAGCCCCAAAUUAGGAGUGCAUGUUUAUUCGAGAUAUGUAUUUUAAUAAUGAUGAAUUUAUGGCUACCACAGUAAUACUA